AUGUCGAGGCGCCACGUGCUGUCGAUGACGCUGCCUCGUAACGGGCUCCCCACAGCCAAGGCAUUGCCGCACCAUAAGGCACAACGACCCGCCAAGGGGAAUGCAGCGCCGUCCGCACUUGGCUCGGCGCUCUGGGGUUUCCCCGUCUACUUUAGCCCCGAAAUGGACCGCGAGCACGACGAGCGAGCCCAGCGCGUGGCGGCCCUUCGCGCGAAGCUCCAAGCAGAGCGGUCGCGCCAGGUCGCGGCACACGAAGCCGAGGUCGACGAGCGCAUGGCCAGGUCCCGCCGCGACCACACAAAGUACCUCUAUUAUGCGUCUCGGUACGGCGCGCUGCCCGCCCUUCUCUUUUGCUGCACGCAACUUCCUGGACGCGUGUACGAGCUCUACGUGCAUAGCACAGCCAACGCACUCCAGACGUGGGCGCGUGCUCGCAUGUGCAUUCUCAAGGCCCACGCGCGGAGCCGCGUCGCGUCGGCAUUUGUCGCUUCGAUCGUGGCAGCCGUCCUUGAAAAGCGAUCUCUGGCGGCGACCCAAGCCGGCCGCGCGACGCAGCUGCUUCGGCGCAUCGUCCUCCGCGCUCAAGUACAGACGUUUGGUGCAUGGAAAGGCUGGCUGCUACAAACGCGUGCCAGCAAGCGCAAGUUUCAAGCGGCGAUGAAUGCGACCUUGGCCUCUCGCUUCGCCACGUGGCGAGACCACGCCCACACGCGCGCCAUGAUUCGACACGGCAAGCUCUGCCAAGCGUCGGUCAAGGUCUUCCGCAGGAGUCUCAUCAACCGGUUUGGCCACUGGCAUGGCGUGACGCAGCGGACCAAAGGCAUUCGUCGACGCUUCACCAACGUCUGCGUUCGGCGCCAGCGCGAGUUGUUUGGUGUUUGGACCGCGUACGUGGCAUUCGCAAACCGCACGACCCCCUAUGCGCGCCGCCUGCAAGUGUGGUUCCGCCGCUCUCUCGCGCGCGCUCGGUUUCGAAAGCGGCAGCACGCCGCAACAACCGUGGCACGCCAUGUUCGCGGCCACCUAGCGCGGCGCCACGUCGUAGCACUUCGCGCAUCCAUGCGCGCGCUCGAGAGCAAGCUGCGCUUUGAGCGCCGCAAAGCGCUGGCGAUGCAACACGAAGCGUUCAAUGCAUCCCUUCUCAACGCGAUAGCAACGGAGCGCGACCGCCGCCGCCUCGAGGAGGCGGCACUACAGCAAGAGCAAGACCGGGUCGAGGCCGAGGUCAAGAAGGCACUGGCCAAGAUUCUCGGCAACGAAUACCGAGCGCAGUUGCGGGAAAAGAUGACCCUUCUCAAGCAGCGCGAUGGACUCGACGCCAAGCGCGCGUCGGCCAAAGCUGCUACCGAGGUCAUUGCCGACGCCGUUGCGCUCGCUCGGGACCAAGCACGGUCUGCGUUUCGCGCCACGAGACCGCCGCCGGCCGUGUGCACCGAGUGCCAGUUGGGGCUGCCGACCAUGCAGUGUCCGCAUGUGUGUGGCGAAGCCGACGACGAAGGUCGGUACGAAGCGUAUGCUCGCGAGCAAGUGCUCCUCCAAGCAGUGGCACUGGCACAGCUUGAGCGCGAGACCAUCUCGUUUGCGGCGCUGUACCAGUACAAGCGCACGACCAUCAACUAGUGC